AUGCACCCCAUACUCGCCUCCCUUACUAUCUUCCUCCUCCAUCUCUCCCUCUCCAGAUCUGCCCCUACAGAUUCCGCAUCAACCAUGUCCGCAGCCCCCGCUGAGGCCAACGCCCAUCUAAUAAGCAUGUCAUACUCCGGCUCAGGCUGUCCUCAAGGCAGCGCAUCCAACGCAUACGAUUCAUCACUUAACACAAACCGAUUUUUCUUUCCGGGGAUCUCCGCCAAAAUCGGACCCAACGUGCCUCAAGACCAAAAGACUGAGAACUGCGAGGUCCAGCUGUCGAUUGCGACAGCUGCUGGGUGGAGAUUUGCAGUCAAGGGGAAGAAUGAUGAUAGUACUGUGCUGAAGACGAGAGUUGAUUUGAAUGGUGAUGCGACGGGAAGUUUGCUCAGUACAUUUUAUAUUGCGGGGGCUGAUUCGGUGAGUUAUUCUGCUUUCUACACUCUAGAUUUCAGUCGGAAUAUUUGUUUAUAAGUGUAUAGGCGACUGUGCGAUACGAUUAUACAGGUCCACGAAGUGGCGAUUUGGCAGUCUCUGAUCCAGCUCCUGGCCCAGCAUAUCCUCGUUCUUCCUGUGGAGGUGGAAUUCUGGUCGUCAACCAUCGAGUGGCUCUUUCAGGAGGGAGCUCGGCUGCUGGAAGCAUGGAGCUUUAUGGUGAUGCUGGUGGGAGACCGAAUAGUAACUUUAUUCCGUGGGGUGCUUUGGCUUGGGAGCGAUGUUAG